AUGGACACUGCUGCUGCUGCCGCCGCCGCCGUUGUUGUUGACCUUAGCUCCGAGGGCAGCAAAUCAAAGCUCCUGAGCAGUCCCAACAGCACUGGGUCCAGCAUCCCACAUCCCAGCAGCACUACACUGAAGCCAAAGCCAGUGCCCAGCUACGCCCUAGUAGUGGCAGCCUCCGCAGCUGCUUGCAGUGAUCAGGAUCAGGUGGGCAGCAGCGUAGAAUCCGUAUCGGCCACGCCACCGCCCACGCCGGCUACCAACACUGGACGCAUGGGAACGCAACGGUGUCCGGGCAACGAUGGAAUUGGAACGGGAACGGGAACGGGAACUGUGGUUGGGGCUGCUGCCGAGCCUGUCAAUGCUGCUGAUGCCCACCCAAUGCCUUUGAACGGAGGCCUCCUGUGCAAGGAGGCAGUCGUAGUGGCGACCUCGGAGCACGGUCAAUCUGGCCCAACAUCAACGUCUUCCGCUAAAGCUUCCACAACGCCAAUGUCUGCCUUGCUUAUACCAGCUGCAACUGCAAAUGCAACGGGAACCAUAUCCACAGAACAACCAGCAGCAGCCGCAGCAACGCCUGCCGGAUCAGCGCCAGGAACACCAAAACCACCAGCAAAAGCCACCACAACGACCACAAGUACAAGCCAUGCACCAUCGGUGGCAACAUCAGCGUCGUCAUCGCUGAACAGCGUCUCCAAUUCGCGUUCGCGUUCCAGCUCGAGUUCCGUGCCGAGCACGGAUCCGCUGCUGCAGUGGCAGGAUAUGCCCCAAUAUUUGCAGUUCAAUCCGUACGUGCUGCGUGGCUACCGUCCCCUGCAAACCUUCAAGGGCUGCCUGCUGAGCCUCUUCUACUGGCACAACGAGACCAUCAACAUACUGACACAUGCCAUACCCAUCAUCUAUAUACUGGCCAUUGUGCCCGGCUUGAUGCCCUGGGACAGUGGCUACAAGUUUCUAUCGUUCUGCCAUGUCUUUGGCUCGGUGGCACCGUGGUGCGGCAGCUUCGUCUACCAUCUGUUCAUGAACAUCGAGAAGGGCGAGAAUGUCUACUAUACACUGCUCAAGCUGGACAUGGUCGGGAUCUGGGUGAGCCAGAGCUUUGGUGCCUUGCCCCUGGUGACGGCCACAACGCUGUGCUUCACGCCUGUCCUCAAGUGGCUAAUCAUCAGCUCCUAUUGCCUGCUCUCGCUGUUUGGCCUGUACAAGGCCCUAACCGCCAGUUCGCCCUGGCAGCGUCGCCUGUGUUUUGCUCUGCCCUUUGGCAUGCGCUCCAUACUGACAUUUCUGCGGAUACGGGGAAUGGUCGGCGGCAGUCAUAUGGCCCUUUCGCAUGUCUAUCUGCAGGUUGAAGUUGAUGGCGUCUCCAUACUGGGCGGUGCGAUUGGUGCCAUGCGUAUACCGGAGAAGUGGUUCCCCGGCGUGGUUGACUUUUAUCUGAAUUCCCACAACAUCAUGCACGUGCUGGUCGUGGUCGCAGUCUACUCGAUGCAUAAGGCCACCAUCAAGGACUUCGAGUGGAUGUCCACACAGACAUGCAAUAGCUUUGAAAAUGUCACCGAGCAGGCGCUCGGCCAUGUGGAGCUAUGACCCGUUUACUGGCUGCUGCUGCUACUGCUGCUGCUGCCGUUGCCAUGGAUGUUGUCCAGGCCACGGGCCAAGCGUUCCCAUGCGAUACGCGCCCUGAUGGCCCUGACCAGGAGACGGAGACGAGCACCGAACGGUGCCGGGUGAAACUGCGCGCCUGCGCACGCUGACUAGAUAGACAUAAAGACAUAGAGACAAAUGCGCUACUUGAGUAUAUACCGUGUAUAAUGUUUGCAGUAACAAUAUACAUAUGUAUGUAUAUUUAGCUAUAGGCCAUACAUCUAUGUACAUAUACUUAUACAUAUAUAUACAACAUAUAUGAACUGUAUAGUACGUAUAGUACAUACUUCGACUGUGGUAUUAAGCAUUAAGGUUAUAUAAAUUACUGAAAUGAGCAAGAAGCUAAUCGAAAAGAACUUUAAAGUGCGAACAGAGUUGAGAUUAACAGAUCGAAUCGCUGAUGGUUGGAUAGUAAUGAAUAUGUAAUGUAAUGUAAUGUAUGUAAUAUGAGUAAUAAUGAUUUGAAUGAUGUUGAUACAUGUGUACCUCAUUGUGCUUAACGACAAAAACAAACAUCUAAUUUUCAAAUAUUGUAUGUAUGUAUAACUUUGUACCUCGUCGAGAAUUCUUACAAUAAGGACAUCACACCUUUAAGCUAACCCCUUCUUCCUAGUUGAUCUUUUUAGAUAUGCAAAUUGUUAAUUUUUGGGCAACCACAACGUGGUAUGUAGUGGUGGUCUCUAUAAGGACUCUCCUCUCUAUUAAUUAAUGCUCCAAUCUGUGCAUAGUUGUGAAAUGGAACCAAACAAAAAAAAAAGAAAAAA